CCGGCAGCAGUUACUGCGCAGGUGCAGCGCCGGGAGCUGCGCGGUGACGUUAACGUUCGCGACUGAAAGAAGCCGCACGUUUCGUGGGUCAAUGCGGACACCAUGAGCAACAGCCACCAGCUGCAGCCUUACACCUCAGUUGGAGAGAUCGAUCACGUGCAUAUCCUGUCCGAACACGUGGGGGCCCUGAUUCAUGGCGAGGAGUACAGCGAUGUGACCUUUCUAGUGGAGAAGAAGCGCUUUGCUGCUCAUCGCGUGAUCCUGGCUGCUCGCUGCCAGUACUUCAGGGCCUUAUUAUAUGGUGGAAUGCGGGAGUCACAUCCACAGGCGGAAAUUCCAUUGCCAGAUACACCAGCAGAAGCAUUUACAAAGCUACUGAAAUACAUCUACACUGGCCAGGUCACCCUGACCAAUGAGAAAGAGGAAGUAUUAUUGGACUUUCUUGGUCUUGCCCAUAAGUAUGGGUUCCCUGAGCUGGAAGCUGCUACCUCUGAGUAUCUCUGCACUAUUCUAAGCAUUGGUAAUGUCUGCAUGGUUUACGAUGUGGCUAAUCUUUAUUUACUCAGCAAGCUUUCCAAUACUUGCUGCUUAUACAUGGACAGAAAUGCAAGGGCAAUCCUUGGCAGUGAAGGCUUCCUGUCCCUAUCAAAGACGGCUCUGCUCAAACUGGUGUCCCGGGAUUCAUUUGCUGCUCCAGAGAAAGAUAUUUUCUUGGCUCUGAUGAACUGGUGUAAACAGAACCCGGAGGAGAUGCAUGAAGAAAUCAUGAAGACGGUCCGGCUGCCGCUGAUGAGUUUAACGGAGCUGCUGAAUGUUGUGCGGCCCUCAGCACUCCUCUCUGCUGACACCAUCUUAGACGCCAUCAAAGUUCGCUCAGAGAGUCGCGAUAUGGAGCUGAACUACCGGGGCAUCCUCAUCCCAGAUGAGAAUAUUGCCUCAAUGAAGCAUGGGGCGCAGGUCAUCGGGGGAGAACUAAAGGCAGCCCUGCUCGAUGGUGACACUCAGAACUACGACCUCGAUCAUGGCUUCUCUCGACAUCCAAUUGACGAGGACUGCCGGUCGGCCAUUGAGGUGAAAUUGGGCCAAGCAUCAAUCCUCAACCACAUCCGCAUGUUGCUGUGGGACCGUGACAGCAGAUCAUAUUCAUACUACAUCGAAGUGUCAAUGGAUGAGCUGGACUGGAUUCGUAUAAUUGAUCAUUCUAAGUACCUGUGUCGCUCCUGGCAGAACCUGUUCUUCAGCCCUCAGGUGUGUCGAUAUAUUCGCAUUGUUGGGACGCACAACACAGUGAACAAGGUUUUCCACUUGGUGUCCUUUGAAUGCAUGUACAGCAACAAGCCCUUCUUACUGGACUCAGGUUUGCUGGUUCCCACAGAGAAUGUGGCAACUGUCAGUGCCAGUGCCACAGUGAUAGAAGGAGUGAGUCGUAGUCGGAACGCUCUCUUAAAUGGGGAUACCAAGAACUAUGACUGGGAUUCUGGAUACACUUGUCAUCAGCUGGGAAGCGGAGCCAUUGUGAUCCAGCUUGCACAGCCCUUCAUGAUCGAUUCCAUGAGGUUGCUCCUAUGGGACUGUGAUGACCGCAGCUACAGUUUCUACAUCGAGGUCUCUAACAAUCAGCAGCACUGGGACAUGGUUGCCGAUCACACAAAAGUCACUUGCAAGUCCUGGCAGACAAUUACCAUCAAGCGACAGCCAGUGGUCUUCAUCAGGAUUGUGGGCACAUAUAACACAGCCAAUGAGGUAUUCCACUGUGUGCACUUCGAAUGCCCAGCACAGAACCAUCAGCAGACUGAGGAUUCAGCAGGAGGCAGGAUAUCGGCGGGCAAGUGAGCACCAUGCAUUCAAUCAGAGUCCAGAGGACAGCAGCUGCUGAGCUCGGCAGUGCUUGCUGACUUCUCCCUGUUGCUGCUGAUCAUCAUCAUGUACAGCCCCCUCCAGAGGAAGACUGUCACUCCCACCAUCAAUCAAGCUGGGUAUCAAGGGACUGAAGGCCUUGCCUCUCACACACUCACCACGUGGCCAUUGUCAGCCCUUGUGUCAUCUGUCACCACAGGAUCCCAUCUAAAACCUGCACUGCUAGAUCCUCUGGCUGGGGCAGCUGGGGGCAGAGAGCCUCUUCACAGGAAUAACCCUACUCGGCACCCGGAAACAAUGAUGCCAGCACAGCUCUGGGCAGUGGCCAUGUGAGGAAAAGGUUCUCGGGUGUUCAGCUGGACAAGGAGACAGCUUGUGUUAUGGAAGGGUUGUAGAUUGUGAUUACACCAGACCUCCAGCCAUUUAUAACUUGUUCCAUCCCUGUUCCCCUAUUCUUCCAGAGGCUGGCAUCAUCUUGUUUCACCACUUUUGAUCACUCAUUCCCACAUUUCAGUUGCUGGAGAUGUGAAAAGUUAUUUGGUUUUCUGAUCGAUGCUGGAGUGAGGAGUUGGGUUCAGUGAAAAUUCCAUUUCCAUUAGCUCCUCUAACCUAAAAUUAAUGUGUCAUCUAAGUAUUGUAAGGCAUGGAAUUGUUUUGUUGUGGGCUCCUUGCAUGAGAGGUUGUAACUUAGCAUGUAAACUAUUUAUCUUCUGUAACAAACCAUGAAAAUCUUUCCAUUCAACUUGUAUUUGUUGUGUCUUUC